UCAAACAACUAAGCUCGGCCAAAGACUAGUAGUAGAUCAUCGAGGCAACAGAAAGUCCAUUAGCAACCUAGUAGUGCCGAUAAAAAAGACCGAUCGAGAUCGCGAGAACCAUGCUUACCUUUCGCGAGGCCAGCAAUGGAGAGCAGCAGGAGCAGCAGCAGUUGGUGUGCGUGACCGGAUCAGGCAGCUUCACCGGGUCGUGGGUGGUGAAGGAGCUUCUCCGGCGCGGCUACCGUGUCAGGGGAACAGCAAGGGACCCUGAGGACAGCAAGAACGCGCACCUGCUCGCGCUGGAGGGCGCGGACGAGAGGCUGUCCCUGAGCCGCGCCGACGUCCUGGACCCCGACUCCCUCCGCGCCGCCUUCAGCGGCUGCCGCGGCGUCUUCCACGUCGCCUCCCCGGUGUCCAACGACCCUGAGCUCGUGCCGGUGGCCGUGGAUGGCACCCGGAACGUGAUCACCGCCGCGGCGGACGAGGGCGUGCGCCGCGUGGUGCUCACCUCGUCCUACGGCGCGGUGCACAUGGACCCCAACCGGAGCCCCGACGCCGUCCUCGACGAGACAUGCUGGAGCGACUACGACUUCUGCAGACGGACAGAUAACUGGUACUGCUGCGCCAAGAUGAUGGCCGAGAUCGCGGCGACGGAGGCGGCGGCGAAGCUGGGCCUGGAGCUGGCGGUGGUGCUGCCGUGCAAUACCGUGGGCCCGAUGCUGCAGCGGACCCUCAACUUCAGCAACCACCACGUCGGGCGCUACCUCACGGGCACGAGGAGGACCUACCCGAACGCGGUCGCCGCGUACGUCGACGUCCGCGACGUCGCCCGCGCGCACGUGCUGGCCUACGAGCACGAGGGCCCCGGCGCCGGCGGGCGCUACCUCUGCGUCGGCGCCGUGCUGCACCGCGCCCGGCUUGUCGGCAUGCUCCGGGAGCUCUUCCCGCAGUACCCCGUCACGGCCAAGUGUGAAGAUGACGGCAAGCCAAUGGCGAGGCCGUACGGGUUCUCCAACCAGAGGCUCAAGGACUUGGGCUUGGAGUUCACUCCCAUCGAGAAAAGUUUGUACGAGGCAGUGAUAGGCAUGCAGAAGAUGGGGCACCUGCCUAUCAUCGCGAAGCAACCCCGUGCAAACAUGGGGCCGUUUGGAUCAUCUUAUUUUGCAGGAAUUGAAAUCUUAUUUGGAUCAGAAUUUGACAUUCCACUACUUUCCAACUACUUUCUAAAGUUUAGAUACAAGUCUAUCCUAAAUUCACAGGACGAAAAAUGGAAACCAAGCUACGUUUCUAUUCCGUAACUUCUGGCACGUUUUUUGGCUCACUUCUUUAUAAUAGAAAUAUACUCCCUUAGUUCCAAAUUAUGAUUCGUUUGACUUUUUUGACCCUAAAUUUAACCACUCGUCUUAUUCAAAAAAUUUGUGCAAACGUAAGCGAUAAAGGGGCCUAGCAAUUUUUAUGCUCAGAUUAUUUUCAAAUGAACCCAUAAAGUUCAAUUUGUAUUGUACUUGUUUGACCGCGUGUUGUCAUCUAAACUAGCAUGUGUGUGAAUGUGUCACUUUCGUAUUUUCUUCUAUCUCUUAUAUUUGUAGCACUAUUGUUCACUAAGAUGGCACGCCGGUGGUCAAAUGUCAUGGCGACAUACAAGUUUCCUUGCUAGGCAAUUUUUUAAUUAUUUUUUGCAAGAUGUAUCUCUUUGGGUCAGAUCAAAUUAGUGGAAGAAGUUGUAAUAUUUUUCUAUUUCUAAAGUAUCACUACAACACAUGUGGGUUUCUGUGAUGAAAAUCUCAUGAUAUCGGAGCUAAUCAUGGUUAAGGUACUUCUUUUGUGACGUUCUUUAUUGGACACUAUUGUUUAGUGACAAAAAGAUUGUGUUCGUCACUAAGACCAACUAGAAAUCGUCACAAAUGAAUCCAACUCUACAUUGUGACAAAUCUCAUAUCAUUUCGUCAUAAAGAUUAACCGGCAUGUGUCACAAAAUUUAUGAAAAAAUAGCAAUAUUGAUUCGUCAUAAAAAGUAUUUUCAAAAAAUAGGAGUGGGUCCCACAUAUCCAUUUUCUCUUUCUUUUUUUACUCAAACAUUCCUUGUUUAUGGGCUUUCCAUUUUUAUCCAGACUACAGCUUACGUACUGAGC